UCGAAUUUCAUACAAGGCCGGAUCAAGUUCGCUGCCCUGUAAGAAGAGAAACGACAGCCAUUGUAGGAACCUCUCAAGGGGACGGACCUUAAAAAAUGCAGAAUCUAUUUGCCUCAAAACUAGCCUCCAAAUUGCCAAGAAUUGUCUCCAACAGCACAUCAUAUCUCUACCCUUCUCCUCUCUUGAGAACCGAAGUAAAUCACGUACUUCGCCGCUACACCGCCGCCGAACUGCCAGCCCAUUUCUCAUCUCACUUCAGAUCUUCUCGACAUCCAUGGCAGUCGCAGAAUAUACUUUCUCAGAAAAUUUAUGGGUUCAUACCAACCACAGCUUUGGCAAAGCGGUUGACUACAAAUGCGAUUUGGACUAAAGGGUUUAUAUCUUCCAAUGUUAGUUUUCUGAAACUCCAAUUUCCAAAGAAGAGGCUUGGGUACCAUUCAUCAUUUGAUUAUCAGAAUCGCAGCUGGCUAUCAUGGCUGAGAAGUCAAACACCUGAUCGAGUGGUAUUGGGCUUGAUUUUAACAAAUACAGCUGUCUUCAUGCUAUGGAGAUUAGCAGAUGAACAAUUUAUGAUUCAGAACUUUACAAUUUCAGUAAACAAUUUCAACAGUGGAAGAAUCCAUACAUUGAUAACUUCUGCUUUCAGUCAUAUUGAUAUUGGGCACAUUGUGUCAAACAUGCUUGGCUUAUACUUCUUUGGGAUGCAGAUUGGACAAACUUUUGGAGCCGAUUUUUUGCUGAAGUUGUAUCUAUCUGGGGCUGUUGUUGGAUCAAUUUUUUAUCUUAUCCACCAUGCUUUUAUAGCAUCAAAGAGUACAAGAAAUUGGACAAGUACUCCAGGUUUGGGAGCUAGUGGAGCGGUGAAUGCGAUAAUGUUGCUCCAAAUAUUUCUGUUCCCAAAGUCGACUAUUUUUUUGGACUUCUUCAUACCAGUACCCGCCAUGUUACUGGGUGUCUUUAUUAUUGGAAAAGACCUGCUCAGAGUAAUAGAGGGUGACCCUCAGAUCUCAGGAGCUACACACUUGGGUGGUGUUGCGGUUGCUGCAGUAGCAUGGGCUCGGAUUAGGAAGGGUCGAUUCUGAAUUGUGUACUUCACAUGUAAAUCAUUUAUAUCAUGAUUACACAUCGCUUAAUUUUCUAUUUUCAAUAUUCUCCAUCCAAAUUUGAUCUAA